AUGUUGCACAAGGAUCCCAGGGACACGUGCUGCUUGUUCGGGGGCAGGUGCCGUCGAGGAUGCACGGUGUCCGAGGUUCAGUUUGGCGUGCAGACAGACUGCCGCGGCACUGCCACUCCGAGGUGCUGCAUCAACGCCGGCCCUGCAAGACCGGCCGCUGUGACUACAACGACAGCCAGACCCCCGCCACUAUCUGUGGCACAGAGGCAAGGACAAUGUGGCGCCAAUCCAGUCAUCCAGCCGCGCGUGGUGGGCGGUGCCCCCGUUUCCCCUGGAAACUGGCCCUGGAUGGUGCGCUUCGUCUUCACCACAAACGCGCCCCAGGGCACGUGUGCCGGAGUGCUGGUGGAUGAUGACACUGUCAUCACAGUGGCUCACUGCGUCGUCGGGGUCCAGCCGAGCCAGAUGCGAGUGUUUGUAGGAGACGUGAACGUUGCGGCCUUUGACCCUGACGAGGAGCUGGUGAAUGUUCUCAGCGUGGAGCUCAACGGGAACUACAGGCGUGGUGUCAGGGGCAACGACUUUGCCGUGGUAAAACUUACUCGUCGCAUCACGUUCACAAACAACAAGCUGCCUGCUUGUCUGCCAGACCCCGCCACACCCGUGAACCUGGGGGCCCAGUGUUUUGUGGCGGGCUGGGGCGUGGAUGAAACUGGACAGGUGAGCCAGGUUCUCCGAGCGGCCCGUGUCCAGCAGAUGGACACCACGGUGUGUAGUGCUAUCCUAAGUGCAGUGAGCGGUAACCCAACAAGCACAGUUGUCCCCCAGGACGUCCUCUGUACAGACCCGACACAGACCCAGGCCGGUGCCUGUCUGUACGACGAUGGUGGAAUGUUGGCGUGCCCAGACAGAAACGGCCGCUACACCCUAGAGGGACUGGUGUCCGAGUAUUCCUGUGGCAACGUGCCCACUGUCUACACCAGGGUGUCAAACUACACCGAAGCCAUCCUUGCCAGACUAUAA